AUGUUUGCCACUGCAGUGAAUCCACAGUCAUUCUCUACUCCAGGCUGGCAGAUCGAGAAGAACUAUUCAACCAGGGUGCUCACGGGAAACUGGGUGGAAGAGAGGAAGAAGUUCACCAGAACCUUGGAGCAGACACCCCAGAGCACUUACCGAAAGGAGUACAUCCCCUUCCUAGGCCACAGGCCAGACCAGAUCUCCAGGUGGUAUGGGAAGAGGAGAGCUGAGGGCCUCCCGUACAAACAUCUGACCACCCACCACCAGGAGCCCUCACACCGCUACCUGAUCAGUACCUAUGAUGAUAAUUAUAACCGGCAUAACUAUAACCCAGGCUUGCCUGCCCUCCGCACCUGGAAUAGACACAAGUUGCUGUGGCUGCCAGAGAAGACUGAUUUUCCCCUGCUUGCUCCCCCUACAAACUAUGGACUGUAUGAGCAAUUGCAGCUGGAAUGGCUCACCCCUAAGACUGACGUAAAGGAGAGUAUUUAUGCUUCGUCCUACUCCAAACCACCAUCGUGCGCUAUGUCCAGGCGGGAGCAUGCCGUCCCAGUCCCUCCCUACCGCCCACAUCCGAUCCCACGCUCCUGA